UCUCACCCAACACUUGGACAGAUACGUCUUUCUUUGUUUUGUUUCCAGUCGUUUUCCUUUUCCCUCCCUUAUUUAUCGUCUAUAAGAACCUCACCGGCGGCGAACCACUCACUUUCCGGCGAAUAUUCCACCGGCGAUUUCACCGUUUAUCACUUCAUUUUCCUUUCCAUGUUCGCCAUACCACUAUGCUCUUCUCCGGUUCCCUUACUUCCUCAACCGCCUUCCCCGAUCAACCAUGCUAAAUCCAAAUUUCAUUCAUCCCAUUGCUCCUACGUCUCCGUUUCCAGUAUUUCGAGUUCGCAAUCCAGAUUGUGGUCUUCGUCUCACUGUUCCACUUCUAAGAAUUGCCGGACGGCGAGCAAUGGAGCUCUAUUUUCGUUUGCUUGUUCGACGUCGCCGUUCGUCGGGAGAGUAGGGUCGCGGAUUAGGCAGGGGAAUUUCUCGCUCUUGUCUUUUGGAUUGAACUCUCAUGCGGCGGCGGACGGCGGAGGUGGCGAUUCGUCUCAGCUCUUAUCGGCGUUGCUUCCUUUUGUGGUAGCUGCAACCGCGAUUGCUGCUCUGGCUCGGCCUUCCACUUUUACUUGGGUUCCUAAGGAUCUCUAUGCCCCAGCUCUUGGUGGGAUAAUGCUAUCUAUUGGGAUUAAGCUUUCCAUUGAUGAUUUUGCUCUAGCAAUUAAAAGGCCUCUACCACUUUCUGUUGGGUUUAUCACUCAGUAUGGUUUGAAACCAGCUCUUGGGAUAUUGAUAGCUAGAGCAUGUGGCAUAUCUCCAAUGUUCUAUGCAGGAUUUCUUCUCACAGCCUGUGUUGGAGGGGCCCAGCUAUCAAGUUAUGCCAGUUUCUUGAGUAAAGGAGAUGUUGCCUUAAGUAUUCUCCUUACCAGCUUUACCACCAUCUCAUCCGUGCUUCUAACACCUCUGUUGACUGGCGUUCUGAUCGGUUCUGUUGUUCCAGUUGAUGCAGUUGCUAUGUCCAAGUCAAUAUUGCAGGUUGUUCUUCUUCCAGUUACUCUUGGACUCGUCCUUAAUUCUUAUGCAAAGCCAAUCGUGGCCAUUAUUCAGCCCGUGAUGCCUUUCGUUGCAAUGAUAUGUACUUCAUUGUGCAUUGGCAGCCCUCUUGCUAUAAACAGGAGCCAAAUCUUGUCGAUAGACGGUGUCCGGUUGGUUUUUCCAGUAUUGGCAUUUCAUACUUUGGCUUUCACUUUCGGAUACUGGGCUUCCAAAAUUCCAAUUAUAAGGCAAGAAGAAGAAGCUAGCAGAACCAUUUCACUGUGCACAGGGAUGCAGAGCUCCACCCUAGCAGGGCUUCUCGCUACUCAGUUCCUCGGGAGCACGCAGGCCGUUCCACCAGCGUGCUCGGUAGUCGCCAUGGCGAUCAUGGGCCUUUGUCUAGCUUCCUUCUGGGGCAGUGGCUCAAAAAUCAGAGACUUGCCAUCUCUUUUGAUACAGAAAACCAAUUAAUUCCAUUGCCAGUGCUUCUUGAAUCUGCUUGAAUUAGCAACCUCUCCAUCUCUUAAAACUGAUUGGAAGCCCCACAAGGGAAAAAAAGUGCUUCUGCCAAUAGCAGCAGCAGCAGUUGGAAACUUUUCUGUACAGAGAGAAAUCAGGUACCACAUAGAAUACUAAGAUAGCAGGAAAUAUAUAUCUUUACUUUUAUAAGUUCAUAUGAUACAAUAAAUUUCCUGGAUGCUGGAUAAUCCACAAGGUAUAAAGGUAUCAUAAUAGUUUUCAAAUAAAAGCAAGAAAAAAAAAAUGUUUUGGCAUCAAA